AUGUUUCGACGAGCCCAAUCUCAUGAUUGUUUUGUGGUCCCCGAGAAACUGGAUCGAUUGAAGCAACGCAAAAGAGCCAUUGCUCGUCGCGCCAGGACAUGCGCGGCCUUUGACCGCCCCCAAAGUCAGAGCCUCGACCGCAACCUUCCUGGCAAGAACUUGCGAUGGGAAUCUACCUCCAGCACAAACAAGAAGAAGGAAGACAAGGCGCCUCGGUGUGCUUGCCUCCGUCGAGACGACCACGAUUCAACCGAGGAGAGCUGUCCGUCCAGAAAACCCACAGUAUCUCGUUGGGACAGCAUUGCCAAGGACCAACCGGUGGGAUCGGGUGUCACACUGCGGCGUACCAAUAGCAGCAGUCCCACCUUGAAGAACAGAGUUCCUCGCAAAGUGUCGCGCAAGGGAGGCCCUCCCAAGUUGCCCACCAAGCAAAACUCGAUCGAAAUGGCAAGGGCCGGUUGA